AGCCACCAGGCUCAUGUUGUCCUCUAUAGGUGUGUCAUUCUUGUGGUAGUUUUUUUACGGUUUUACCUAUGAAUUUACUACUGCUACGAAGCUGAGUACCUGUUGUAUCUGCCACCAUGGUCAUCGAUCUUACGGUCGACUCAGACUCAGAGGAGAGAAAUGAGAAUCAUGUGCCAUCUUCAGCACCACCUCUUCAGAACAACACCCCCAAGUCUCCUUCCACUCUCACCCGCCGCCCUGCGUCCUCAGUUCCCUUGAAAAGGAAAUCUGAGGAUGCAGAGGAACUGCUGGCAUCCUUCCUGCCCCGCCGGCCGCAAUCACAGCCGCGGUCUUUUUCCCAACCACAGCCGGCAAACCGGGCCAAUCAGCACGCCAUCUCUAUCGAGAUAGAGGAUGACGAUGAUGACGAGGAUGUCAAGCCUGUUCAGAUUCACCGCAGAGUUACAGCUGCUCGAUCCUCCUCCGUUAAUCCUAACGCCAUCUCCUCUGCUAGUAAGGAAAACAGACCUCUGCAGAUCAAGUCUAAUGCAACAUCUACUCGCUCAUCUUCACCCUUCAAUCUCACGACCACCAAUCACGAUCACCGCCGCAGCCAAGACCGGGAUGAAGACAGAAAGCAGAGAUCCCUCUUAAGCACCAGUCGGUCCAUAUCAUUUCAAACCCCCAGUCCCGGCCCUAUCUCUCUCAGCGUAGUAAUCCCCUCGCCUUCUCGGCGCCAGCAACAAGAACUCGAUUCAGCCGAAGUGAUCUCCGUCCCUUCUCCAAUUGGCCUCUCCGAGAACUUCUAUCCAACCGACGCAUAUGAGAAACGCGCCUUGAAGGGUGCAUACCCUGUCGCCCGAAAAGUCAAUCGAGCAGCCAUCCCAUUCACUAUUGGCGCCCCUGGCCCGCUGUUGACUUCUAAGCCGGAUAUCAGCGCACAGUUGCACCAAACCCUGCAGCAGAAGCUCGCGAAGAUCCGAGGCCCCAAAGUAACCUUUGCAUCUGGGGACCAGCACCAGCUAGCGCAGUUCGCAGCCAACUUUGAGUUCGUCAAUGCAUACAAGCUACGACAAGGGGUCACGCCUGUUCCAGAGGAGUUCCUUGCGGGAUGUAGCUGUGACGGAUUCUGCGAUCCGGCAAGAUGUCUUUGUCUCAGCAAAGAAGAGGAGACCAAUGACCCAAUGGUGCCGUAUAAGCGGGCCGAUGAUGAUGGGCGAUUGUUGGUUCUCACCCCGGAGUUCCUAAAACGAAAAGCCAUGAUUUACGAGUGUAGUUCGAGAUGUGGAUGUGAUGAGCGGUGCUGGAAUCGAGUGGUGCAGAAUGGCCGGACGGUACGGCUGGAGAUUUUCCAGACCGGUAAUCGAGGGUUCGGCCUUCGCUCCCCCGACCGCAUUCGCGCAGGUCAAUUCAUCGACUGCUACCUCGGGGAGGUCAUCACCAAAGAAGUGGCCGACAUCCGCGAAGACGUCGCGACAUCUCAAAACAGACACUCGUAUCUAUUCAGUCUCGACUUCCUGGCCACCGGCGAAGACAGUAAAUACGUAGUAGACGGACACAAAUUCGGUGGUCCAACGCGAUUCAUGAAUCACUCAUGCAACCCUAACUGUCGCAUGAUUACCGUGACCCGCAACCACGCUGACGAUUACCUGUACGACUUGGCUUUCUUCGCUUUUAAAGAUGUGCCACCUAUGACGGAACUGACCUUUGAUUAUAAUCCCGGCUGGGAGAAAGUCAAGAAAGUUGAUCCGAAUGCCGUGCCUUGCCUUUGUGGGGAGAGUAAUUGUCGAGGUCAGCUUUGGCCGAAUCAGAGGAAGGCGAAGAGGGGGUGAUUCUUCUCCUUCAAUUCCUUUCUCUAUGCGGAUUUUCUUUUGACGUACUCUUCGUUGACUUCAUAUUAUGAUAUGAUAUCAUAUGCCAUUUCAUGGGAGUGCGCGUUAAGUUGAUGAACUGCAUGUCUGGAAUUUCUCGAGGAGGUCAGGUACAUGCGAUCAUCGUUAUCAUAUGGGAGUUGGGCAUCUUUCUUGCGUUCUUGCCUUGCCUUGCAUCAUCUGUUAUCUCUGGGGAAACGGUUCAAAAGCCUCGGUGUCUUUCGAAACUCUUGCAUGUGAAUUUCUUCGUCUCGAUAUCAGAUACCCCGGUGGAUUCAAUUACAUUGUCUUUCUUCUUCUUCUUCUUUCCCCUUUACUUUCUAUUUGCGACUUUAUGGAGAUUCCGUAUACACAGGUGGCUUUAGAUAAGCAAGAAGCGGGUGUGCUCAUUUUUAUUUUACAUGGAGUCGGUCAUUCCUUGUUCUAAUUCAUGCUCAGAGCAAAGAAAGGACAGGUGGACAAAAACUAGCAAGUUGAGGAAAGAAGAAAUGUUCAUUAUGUAUGCUAGCCUGCAACUUAUGCAGUGCAUUGACCUGAAUGAUAUGUUCAUAGCAGGAGAAGAAUCAGAUA